AGUCCCUCAAACUGAGCGAAGUAGCGAGCGAACUCUCCCAAACAAUAUAACUUUCUAAUCCUCUCGAUCGAAGCUCCGGUUUGAUCGGUGUUGAUUUUCUUGACUGGGGUUUGAAGCGGAGACAAAGAUGAACAAAGCGAAGGUGUUCAAGCUAGCGAAAGGUUUCAGAGGGAGGGCGAAGAACUGCAUCCGGAUCGCGAGGGAGAGGGUGGAGAAGGCGUUGCAGUACUCUUACCGAGACCGCCGCAACAAGAAGCGCGACAUGCGUUCCCUCUGGAUUCAGCGCAUCAAUGCCGGCACUCGCAUCCACUCCGUCAACUAUGGCAACUUCAUGCAUGGACUAAUGAAGGAGAACAUUCAACUGAACAGAAAGGUCCUAUCGGAGAUCUCAAUGCACGAACCACAUAGUUUUAAGGCGCUCGUGGACAUUUCUCGUAAUGCCUUCCCUGGAAACAAGAAUGUGGUUCAUGCACCUAGGAAAGUGGCCAUGCCACUUAGUGUCUAAUAGUUGACUUGACCUUCCUGUCUUGCUCUCGGUCUCAUGGAAACCAAGUGCUUGUUGUUCCUGAUGCACCCUUUUGGGGCCAACAGCGAUGGGAAUAAGUUAUCAAGUUUGUUUUUAUAUCUUCUUGCCGGGGCUCCUCCUCUCUCUUGCUUGAAUCUCAUAGGAAAAGAUUCUUUGGUGAUCCUUCCCAUACAUAUGAAACAUUUCCCUCUGUACU